UCGGCUGCUACCGAGCUAGGCGGCACCCAUGACUGGCCGGCCUAAAUAAACCGUGGCUACAACGGCUACCUCUUCAUGCUGCCUCCCACACUACUAUCCUUACUUCGUGUACGCCGUUGUAAUGAGCGCACUGGUAGGCAGUGCCUUUUGUGGCGUCCUGGCCGGAGGAUACGGAGGAUACGGAGGCGGCCUGGGAGGCCUUGGUGGCGGUCUAGCUCUCGGUGGCGCAGACCUGGGAGGCGGUGCCGGAGUAGGAGUCGGCAGCAGCGUGGUUCUCCUGAACGGCGGCGGCCAAGGUGUCACCAAGGCCGUAGCCGGACCAUCAUUCCUCGUCAACACGGUGCACCACGUGUCUAAGGUCGACGGUGGAGGCGCCAUUGUGGCCCACUCCGGUCUUGGAGGCGUCGCCGGAGGACACGGCUAUGGCGGAGUCCUCGCCGGAGGACACGGAGGAGGCGUCUUGCUCAGUGGCGCUGACCUCGGAGGCGCCGGUCUAGGCCUUGGUGGAGGUUACGGCCUCGGCGGUGCGAAGCUGCUUGUAUUGAAAGGAGGAUACCACAAAUGA